GGUGACGCAUCCACUUCCAGUCGCUGCUGUCAGUUUUCGAUUCACAAUCAUCCAAAUUAGAAGUGUUCUCAAAUCCCCUUUACUUAAAAAAAUAAAAUAAAAUGUGCCACUGUCCAAUCCGUUGCUGCCAGUACCGCCCGGUUCCUCCGUUCAGCUUUCAAUCGCUUCAGUGCUGCACCUGUACCUACGGUCCCCCUCGGAUCCCGAUCUACCGCCGUCAGUUGCCUCCAUGUCGAUCCCUCUUCCGAAAGUUCUUCCUUCGCGGUGACAUCCCCAUCUCGCGGUACUUCGGCCCAAAAGCAUCCCAGCAGUUCAUCAAAUGGCACGUCCCUCCGGAAAAGUUGGACUUCCAGCGCUAUCUGCCGCUGUUUUUCGACGGGCUGUGCGAAACGACCUUUCCCUAUCGGGAGUUUGCCCGCAAUGGCAUCCGGGACAUGAUUGCCGUGGCCAAGGAGAAGCAGCUCCUCUGCUGCCUGCCGAUGUUGAUCCUGCCGGCCAAACGGGCCCUGAAUACGAAAGAUCCGGACGUUAUAAUUGCCACGUUGAGGGCCCUCCAGCAGCUGGUGCAAGCGGGACCCUGGAUCGGCCCGGCUCUGGUUCCGUACUACCGGCAGCUCCUGCCCAUCCCGAAUCUGUUCCGCGAUUGCAACGUCAACAUCGGGGACCAAAUCGACUUCCAGGGCGGAAACCGGGUCGGUGACGUCAUCGACGUAACACUUCAGAUGCUGGAGCGACAUGGUGGCCCGGACGCGUACCUGAACAUCAAGUACAUGGUGCCGACGUACGAGAGCUGUGUGCUGAACAGAUAAUUCCCGGGUAAGACGUUUUUCUGCCGGUAGAUUUCGCAAUAAACGUUCCUCAGUCGUCAGUCCGGAAUCAAGGAAUCGAUCACGACCGGGGAGAAAUUUAAAAAAUAUGUCACAUCACACCCAUCAAAGGCAGAGAUUUUCCGAGAUUUCGUGACAAUUUUGCAUUUGCAAAAUGCAGUCAAAUCUGGGUCGGUCUUGCAGUUGCAAUCCCAUCCAUCAUCGUAGUCGUCGUCGGGGUUAUGCUGAUUCACAUAGCACAAACCAAAAUUGGAAUUGAAUGGAAAACGGUAAAUCAUUCCGCCAGUUACACGAAUGGCACACCACCGCACCGGAUUGCGGCGGCGGUGGUGCGAA